AUGCCGCUGCGUUGCUCCUGCCCCUGUCUCCCGCAGUCGAAGAAGUUCAAAAGGAAAGGCUCCGAGACCCCCCAGGAGCCCUCGGAGAAGGCCCGGGAGCAGCUGGCCGAGGCGGAGCUGCGCAAGCUCCGGCAGCAGUUCCGCAAGAUGGUGGGCAGCCGCAAGUCCUUCAACUUCCGCGCGCAGCUCAGGAUCUCCGACCAGCACAAGGAAAUCAAGACCCUGCAGGACGAGCAGGAUGAGAUCACGCUGCUUCUGAGUCUCGUCAAGUCCUCGAGGAACUUGAAUCUGAACGAGAAGAACUACACAGAGCUGCGCUUCCUGCUGCAAACCAAGGAGGACUACGAGGCCCUCAUCAAGUCCAUGAAGGCGCUGCUGGCCGAGCUGGACGAGAAGAUUGUUCAGAUGGAAAAGAAAAUUAUAAACCAAAAACAGAUCUUCACAAAAGUGCAGGAGGCCAAUAACCCUCGGAAAUUGCAAAAACAGAUCCACAUUUUGGAAACCCGUUUGAAUCUCAUCACCGUUCACUUUGACAAGAUGCUGACCACCAACGCUCACCUCCGGAAGGAGAUCGAGGACCUGCGGUUCGAGAAGGCUGCUUACGACCACGUCUACCAGCAGCUCCAUCGGCGCCUGUUGAUGCAGAAGAAAACCAUGAAUGUGGCCAUUGAGCAGUCUGCUCAGGCCUACGAGCAGAGGCUGGAAGCCAUGGCUCGAAUGGCUGCCAUGAAGGACCGCCAGCAGAAGGACAUCUCGCAGUACAACCUGGAGAUCCGAGAACUGGAGCGUCUCUAUGCCCAUGAGACCAAGCUCAAAUCCUUCCUGCUCACCAAGCUGAAUGACCGCAUCGAGUUCGAGGAGCAGGCCAAAAAGGAGGAAGCUCUCAAGGCAAAGAAGCAUGGGAAGAAGAACAAGGGUGAGAGUUUCGAGAGCUAUGAGGUGGCCCACCUCCGGCUGCUGAAGCUGACCGAGAACGGGAACCUGAACAAGCUCAUUGAGGAGUUUCUGGCCAAGGAGGAAAAGAACUUUGCUCGGUUCACGUACGUCACGGAGCUCAACAACGACAUGGAGACGAUGCACAAGAAGACCGAGAGAAUCCAGAACGAGAUCAUCCGCCUGCGAUCCCAGCAGAAGUCCUCCCACGACAACAGCCGCUCCGUCCUGAGGCAGCUGGAGGAGAAACUGAAGAGGACCACGGAGGAGGCGGACGCGUACGAGAGCAGCUACCGGGAGAUCAGCAAGACCCUGGAGCAGCUCAGGAGCUCGGUGGAGAAUCUGUUCAAGAAGAUCAAGUGCGACGCCACUGAGAUCCUGGUGCAUCUGGGGGAGACAGGGGCGGUCACCGACACCAACCUUCCACAGUACUUCGCCAUCAUCGAGAAGAAGACCAACGACCUGCUGCUGCUGGAGUCCUACCGGCGGCUGCUGGAGGUGGAGGGCGCCGAGAGCGAGGUCCCGCCCGCCUUCGUCAACCCCUUCUGGGGCGGCUCCGCCCUCCUCAAGCCCGCGGAGCCCAUCAAGGUCGUGCCCCCCAUGCUCGGGUCCGACCCCUUCGGCGACAGGUUGGAUGACGGUGAGCUCUCCUUGCCGGGUCUGCGCGGGUCUGUGUGGGUCUAUGCGGGUCUGUGCGGGUCACUGGGUGGGGUCCCGGGGAGCCUGUGCAGGGGCGUCGGCAGGGCUGCUCUCUCCCUGUGAGUCUCGUGGGGCGUCAGUUCCCGGGGGACCAUCAGCUCCAGGGGC